AUGUUCGAACAGCAAAUCAAAGCUGAACCUAUGAGUUUCUACACAUCUCAUCCACACGUACAUACCGGUCCCCCAACAAUAAUACGUUCAGAUUCAAGCCAUGCAUCCAUUAUUUCAAUGAACCAACAUCACCAAGCACACCAAGAGGAUUCUAAAGAUAGCCUCAUAGUACAACAGCAAGUACAACAUCAGCAAGAUCUCAUGGAACAACACCAACAACAACAAGAAAUGCAACAAGAUGAUGAGUUGAGCUUUAAAGGCAUGGACGACGAAGGAGUCGAUAUGGAUAUGGACGGACGACAGUGCCCUCAGGGUAUGGGGGUGGACAUGGGAUCAGUUCAAACUAAAAUGGAAGUCGCAAAUGGGGGUCAAUCGACACCGCGAUCUAAACCUCAGGCCUGUAAGGUCUGUGGCAAAGUACUGUCGUCUGCUUCAUCUUACUAUGUUCAUAUGAAGCUACACUCAGGCAACAAACCCUUUCAGUGUACUGUAUGCGACGCUGCUUUUUGCCGUAAGCCCUACCUAGAAGUGCAUAUGCGCACACAUACAGGCGAGCGCCCCUUCCAGUGCGAUCUCUGCCUGAAACGAUUUACGCAGAAAUCCAGUCUCAACACGCACAAACGUGUUCAUACAGAUGAGCACAUGCGCGCGUUGAUGGUGAAGGACCGGCCCUACAAGUGUGAUCUCUGUCAGAUGCGGUUCACGCAGAGCUCCAGCCUCAACCGACACAAGAAAAUACACACGGAGGAGCACAGACGAGCCCUGUUAGAGAAAGUGCGGCCGUACCAGUGCCACAUCUGUUUUAUGCGCUUCACUCAGAAGUCCAGCCUGGGACGACAUGGGAAAAUACACACUGAGGAGCACAUCCAAUCGCUGAUCAACAAAGUGCGCCCCUAUCAAUGCGACAUCUGUGACAAGCGGUUCACUCAGAAGUCCAGCCUUGGCACUCAUAAACGUAUACACACCGUCCAGGGCAGACCGUUCCAGUGCCUGUCGUGCCCCGCCGCCUUCACCUGCAAGCAAUACCUGGAGAUACACACGCGCACGCACACCGGCGAGCGGCCCUAUCAGUGCGACAUCUGCCUGAAGCGCUUCACACAGAAAUCCAGUCUCAACAUCCACAAGCGGACGCACUCAGUGCAGGGCCGGCCCUUCCAGUGCCUGCAGUGCCCCGCCGCCUUCACCUGCAAGCAGUACCUCGAGAUCCACAACCGCACGCACACCGGCGAGCGACCCUACCAGUGUGACGUAUGCCUCAAGAGAUUCGCGCAAAAAUCUACACUCAAUAUACACAAACGAACGCACACAGGUGAACGUCCUUAUGCUUGUGACAUCUGCCAGAAACGCUUUGCUGUGAAGAGCUAUGUAACUGCGCACAGAUGGUCGCACGUCGCCGACAAGCCGUUGAACUGCGACCGCUGCUCGAUGUCGUUCACGUCGAAGUCUCAGUUCGCUCUGCACAUCCGCACGCACUCCACCGGCUCCUGCUACGAGUGCAGUGUCUGCGGCCGCUCCUUCGUGCGAGACAGCUAUCUGAUAAGACACCACAACCGUGUCCAUCGCGAGAAUCAUAGCAACGUGUCGGCCAACAGUAUCGGCACCAUCAACAGUGUUGCUACCAACACCAACAACUCUAACAACAGCAACUUUGAUUCUCCCGGCGUUUGUGACUUAAGCUUUGUACCUAUGGUAAAUCGCUACAUGACAUCUCAAGGAACUCAAGUCUCCAUGCAAGACACGAGCAAAAUGUCUGCGAUGUCGCCACAGUCUAUUGCAUCUAUUUCGUCACCUCCCCCUUCGCAUACUCCAACGCCGCAGCCCCAGAUGCCCGGUCAAAUGCAUCUUGCAGAUUGA